ACACGUGGACUCCAGUUGAAAACAUCCGGCUGUCUGUGCACGUGUGGGCAUACUCGGAAAUCAAUUUUCAUAUUCUACAGUAUAAUAAGCUAUGUAUGUGUCAAGAGGAAAAACAACAUACGUAUUAUAACCUGCACUGUAGUUUAUUAGAACGCUGAGCCUGCAAGCGUAAUCGUCAGCUAGCAAACGUUGGCUACAUCGCUAUCAAGCCAGUGGAUCUGGUUUGGGCUCUGCAGAUUGCAGCAUUUCUAACGUUAAUACUAAGUUAGCUAGCCAUUCAAGAUAUUUUGUUUGGGGGGAAAAAAUAAGACAUUUGGGUUGGAUUCUGUUGGGCUUGGUUUUUAUACUGUACGUUUCAGGGCUUGGCUCUAUAUUUUACGAUCUCAACUGACACAUUGUAGCAUUUAGCCACAUACCCAUCCCCAUGGCUGGAAGAGGCAGGGGUCGUGGAAGGGGACAGAUGACCUUCAACCUGGAGGAUGUGGGCAUAGGAAGGGGGGACAGCCUGCCCCCCACCACCUUUAAGCCCUCACCCAUCUUCCCUCCCAUGCCAGUCCAGCCUGUGCCCCUGCAGACAGGAGAGGAGGUGGAGUACAUGCUUGCUCUGAAACAGGAGCUGAGGGCCGCCACCAAGACCCUGCCUUUCUACAUCAGACGGGCUGCUCCCAAAAGAGAUGUCGAUCGCUACUCUGAUAAGUACCAGAGCGGAGAGCCCAAGGACAGCACCAUCGAGUGGAGCCCAGACUGGAGCAGAUUGCCUAAAGAGCUUUGCGUUAAAGUGAGAGAACCUCGGGGUAAAAGACCCACACCUCAAGUUAAACGGACAAAGAAACCUCUUGUAGGAAAAGAGGAGAUUCUCACCAAGCUAGAGACUCUUGAAAAGAAAGAAGAGGCAGUGAACUCUGAGGAAGAGCAGGACGAGGAGAAAAAGAAGACGAACGAGGAAGAAGAACAGGCAGAUGAAGAGGACUAUGAGGAAGACUUUGAAGAGGAUACCGACUACAUCAUGUCUUACUUUGACAAUGGAGAGGAGUUUGGAGGGGACAGUGACGACAACAUGGACGAAGCCACUUACUGAGAGACCGUAAGAGUGUUGAUAACACUGAAUAGACAAAAAGAGACGGCUUUGAGUUAUCCUCCCUGCGGACAUAGUUACAGUAUUCUAAUUACUUGUGGAGUCAUUGGCCAUGGGAACAAAAACAUUGACCGGUAUAGUCUAAAACAUGGAAAGAACAAUAUGCUGCUAUGUGAUAACCUAGAUCCAAGACAUGGAAGACGGUGACUGCUGGUGAAAACAGUGGCUCAAUGUAGACAUCUAGAGAGAAUAGUCAGACAUUUUCUUAUUGUGUGUGGUGAUUUAAAGUGCCAAAGAUCCUAACUAGUCAUGCUGACUGUUCCCCUUUCUUCAGCUAUGUUGAGGUAGUAAUGGGAGCUGAAGUAUUUACAGGAUAUUGAUGCCUUUUUAACGGAUUUGAUGGUUUUAAUUAACACGUAAAAUUGCAGCAGUCUAUGGUUUUUAAAGUAAAGACAUGUUUUAGAGAGGUAUUUUAGCUUUUGUAAUUCCUUGGUGUAAGUCUCUUUUAAGUGUAUACGACAAUCAAAUGUUGGCUAAGACAUUGAAAACAAUAGUUGCAAUCCCCAAAAAAUGUUGUGUAUUCUUUUUAAAUAUUUUUUUCCUGUAAUGUCAAAUUAUGUUAUGCAAGUUGACAAUUUGAAAGUGUUGAAUUUGAGUCUAAAUACAUUUUAUAGCUCCAGAGUAAAUAUUUGUAUCAACCAACCAGCAGAUGGCAUAUUACUCCAAGGUAAAUCAGUUGUGGUGUAUGUUCACUGUGUGUAGUUGGUAGGUUAUGCAGUUGACAAAAAAAGUUAUUCACCAUUGCCAAUUUAAAAGGAGCAGGGAUGGGAUUGGGUGUGAACGUGUGUAAACUCAUGACAUGUUAAGUGUUUUUUUCAGCCAACUUCCUGGUACAGUGCCUUGCGAAAGUAUUCGGCCCCCUUGAACUUUGCGACCUUUUGCCACAUUUCAGGCUUCAAACAUAAAGAUAUAAAACUAUUUUUUUGUGAAGAAUCAACAACAAGUUGGACACAAUCAUGAAGUGGAAUGACAUUUAUUGGAUAUUUCAAACUUUUUUAACAAAUCAAAAACUGAAAAAUUGGGCGUGCAAAAUUAUUCAGCCCCUUUACUUUGAGUGCAGCAAACUCUCUCCAGAAGUUCAGUGAGGAUCUCUGAAUGAUCCAAUGUUGACCUAAAUGACUAAUGAUGAUAAAUACAAUCCACCUGUGUGUAAUCAAGUCUCCGUAUAAAUGCACCUGCACUGUGAUAGUCUCAGAGGUCCGUUAAAAGCGCAGAGAGCAUCAUGAAGAACAAGGAACACACCAGGCAGGUCCGAGAUACUGUUGUGAAUAAGUUUAAAGCCGGAUUUGGAUACAAAAAUAUUUCCCAAGCUUUAAACAUCCCAAGGAGCACUGUGCAAGCGAAAAUAUUGAAAUGGAAGGAGUAUCAGACCACUGCAAAUCUACCAAGACCUGGCCGUCCCUCUAAACUUUCAGCUCAUACAAGGAGAAGACUGAUCAGAGAUGCAGCCAAGAGGCCCAUGAUCACUCUGGAUGAACUGCAGAGAUCUACAGCUGAAGUGGGUGACUCUGUCCAUAGGACAACAAUCAGUCGUAUAUUGCACAAAUCUGGUCUUUUUGGAAGAGUGGCAAGAAGAAAGCCAUUUCUUAAAGAUAUCCAUAAAAACUGUUGUUUAAAGUUUGCCCCAAGCCACCUGGGAGACACACCAAACAUGUGGAAGAAGGUGCUCUGGUCAGAUGAAACCAAAAUUGAACUUUUUGGCAACAAUGCAAAACGUUAUGUUUGGCGUAAAAGCAACACAGCUCAUCACCCUGAACACACCAUCCCCACUGUCAAACAUGGUGGUGGCAGCAUCAUGGUUUGGGCUUGCUUUUCUUCAGCAGGGACAGGGAAGAUGGUUAAAAUUGAUGGUAAGAUGGAUGGAGCCAAAUACAGGACCAUUCUGGAAGAAAACCUGAUGGAGUCUGCAAAAGACCUGAGACUGGGACGGAGAUUUUUCUUACAACAAGACAAUGAUCCAAAACAUAAAGCAAAAUCUACAAUGGAAUGGUUCAAAAAUAAACAUAUCCAGGUGUUAGAAUGGCCAAGUCAAAGUCCAGACCUGAAUCCAAUCGAGAAUCUGUGGAAAGAACUGAAAACUGCUGUUCACAAAUGCUCUCCAUCCAACCUCACUGAGCUCGAGCUGUUUUGCAAGGAGGAAUAUGGGAAAAUGUCAGUCUCUCGAUGUGCAAAACUGAUAGAGACAUAGCCCAAGCGACUUACAGCUGUAAUCGCAGCAAAAGGUGGCGCUACAAAGUAUUAACUUAAGGGGGCUGAAUAAUUUUGCACGCCCAAUUUUUAGUUUUUGAUUUGUUAAAAAAGUUUGAAAUAUCCAAUAAAUGUCGUUCCACUUCA